ACGAUAAAAGCUAGAAGCUAGAUUCGAGUCAAAAAUUUGAUCGAUUGAACAACCAUUUUUUUUAUAUAUUGAAUCUAGCAAUGAAAAAAUUUGGUCCACUCAACAAUCGUCUUUUAACAUUAAGCCCACAGAAGUAGUCACGUCCGAUCGAAUAAUUGAAUAGACAAACAUUAGUGUCUAUGUGAAACGGGCCUGCAGAUUUAAAAAUUAUUGUUGUACAGAGCUUCAGUUCCAUGGACUUAUGUUGUGAAUAUCCUCGACCGCCCCACAAUCGCACAACUUUUGUUUUCUUUGCGUAUUGGAAUUUUCUUCCGGGGUAUCAUGUUUUUGUUGGAGAUUGAUGCCUUUGCAGAUCUUUAAAAAGUAUAUAUCUGUUCCUUGGUUAACAUCAAAUGGCAUGGAUUAUGUUCUAACCCAAAAAAAUUCAGCUUUGAAAUAUAGCAGUAGAGUUUGCGGGAUCUCCAUUCAUGGCGGCAAUUCGAAGUUCCUCUGCCCUGAAUCUGAAAAGUUCAGUUGCCCGGGCUCAUGACUGCAGAACCUCUCGAAAGCCUUGUAAAAACAGGACUUUGAAAAAAAGGUCAGUUAAUCAUAACAAGAUUGCUGUUUGUAGGGCUGGAUUGAAUUUCUGUGACCUGGUUCCUGAAAAUAAGAAGGAGGUGCUGGGAUUUGAACUUCCGAGAUACGAUACAUCAAGGCAUUUCACUGUGGAUUUGGUUGUUGCUGGCAGUGGACCAGCCGGCCUAUCAGUUGCCCAACAGGUUUCAGAGGCUGGAAUAUCAGUUGUGUGCAUAGAUCCAUCUCCACAGACCAUUUGGCCAAAUAACUAUGGUGUUUGGGUUGAUGAGUUGGAAGCCAUUGGUCUGGUGGAUUGCCUUGAUACCAUCUGGGAUGAUGCAGUUGUGCACCUGGAUGAUAACAGAAGUAAGUUUCUAAGUAGACCUUAUGGUAGGAUAAACAGAAAAUUGCUUAAAGAGAAAAUGAUGGGGAAAUGCAUUUCUAAUGGAGUCAGGUUUCAUCAAGCUAAGGUUUUGAAUGUGACCCACGAAAGUUUAAGGUCUUCUGUUUUGUGUGAUGAUGGUGUUAGUAUUCAAGCUACUUUAGUGUUGGAUGCAACUGGUUUUUCGAGGUGUUUAGUGGAAUAUAAGGAGGCCUAUAAUCCUGGAUAUCAGAUAGCUUAUGGGAUAUUAGCAGAGGUUGACUGGCACCCAUUUGAUUUGGGGAAAAUGGUUCUGAUGGAUUGGAGGGAUUCCCAUUUGGGGAAUGAACCUGUUCUCAGGGCUAAGAAUGAGAAGUUGCCAACUUUCUUGUAUGCAAUGCCAUUUGAUUCAAAUAGGAUUUUUCUCGAAGAGACCUCACUUGUCAGUAGGCCUGCUAUGGCCAUGGAAGAGAUUAAGAAAAGAAUGGUUGCAAGAUUGAGGUAUUUGGGUAUUAAGGUAAAGAGGAUUGAGGAGGAUGAAAGGUGUGUUAUACCCAUGGGAGGCUCUCUUCCUGUGAUCCCUCAAAGAGUUACUGGAAUUGGUGGCACUGUGGGAAUGGUGCAUCCAUCCACUGGAUAUAUGGUUGCAAAAACAUUAGCUACAGCUCCUAUUGUAGCCAAUUCUAUCAUACAGUGUCUAGGUUGCCCAAGGAUGAUUAGGGGGACCAAUCUCUCCGCCUCUAUUUGGAAUGAUUUAUGGCCACCGGAGAAAAAAACUCAAAGAGAGUUCUUUUGCUUUGGAAUGGAUGUCCUGUUGCAGCUGGAUUUAGAAGGCACAAGGGGUUUUUUCGAUGCAUUCUUUGACCUUGAUCCAUACCAAUGGCAUGGUUUUUUGUCUUCCAGGUUAUUCUUUCCAGAUUUGAUUAUGUUUGGUCUGUCUUUGUUUGCUCAUGCCACCUUUACUUCCAAGUUGGAUAUUGUGGGAAAGGGUACACUUCCUCUGUUAAAGAGAAUCGACAAAUUUGUUGGUCGAGAAGGAAUUUUCUUUACUCCCACCUCAAUAAAGGAUUAUGUUUAAUCUAUUAAUGUAAACGAAAAAGAUCGCUAAGAAUUUACUGUCAUUACUAUAAAAUACAUGCAAAUCUCUUAGAAUAGGGUUUUCAAACAACUGUUGCCAUAUAAAUCCUACCAGAUUUCUAAGGAGGGCAAUGAACAGGGUUUUAAGUUGACCCAGGUGCAAAGGGGCCGAGACUUUAAAGGCUUAGUGUCCAUACCUAAGUAGCCUUUUAUGGCCAUUAACUUGUAACAAAAUUUCAUCCACGUAUCUUCAGGGUUGGAAACUAUUGUAACUCAACAGAUGAAAACUGCUGCUCUAUAUUUAAGAAUAGUAAGGAGCAUAAAUGGCCUGUGAUUCUACUGAGCAUAUUUUUUUCA